AUGGACACUUCACGCCAUCGAAUGCCUAACAACCUAUAUUCACUGCCUGCGGCAUCAAGUGCAGCCAUUUCAUCUAAAGAACCUGGCUUUUUCCGUUUAAUUGAUCUAUGUCCAGGUCAAUGGGACGAUGAAAUCCAUUGUGCACUCAAGUAUUAUAAUCGACUUCACGAUCGAUAUCCUCCAUAUAAGGCCCUUUCGUAUGUGACGGCCAACCUUGAAACUGCUCUGAAACAUUUGAGAGAACAAGAAAACAGAGUCACUCUAUGGAUUGAUGCAUUGUGCAUUGACCAGAGCAACACUGAGGAGCGAUCAUCGCAGGUUGCCCAGAUGCGUGAGAUCUAUAGCAAUGCUAGUGAGGUGAUAAUAUUUCUCGUUGGCACCCUGGAUGCGUCCGCUGCAAUCGAUGCUUGGAAGGCAUCGCCAUUGAAGACCCCGUGCCUAAGCUGUUCGGAUUUAUUCGAAUUCCUGGCAGAUUUUCCGCAAGAUCAUUUAACACAACUUUCUGAAGCAUUGCGACGCACAUUACUUGUAUCCUGGUGGGAUCGGAUAUGGGUAGUUCAAGAAGCAGUCGUCGCUAAACAGCUCACCGUGAGAUAUGGCUAUUCUAGCUAUAUUCCGACCAGCGACUUGAAAGUUUUCAACCUUUUCUCGCGUGUCUCCAACUUGGAUCAUUUCCGGGAGAAUUGGAGGAGGUCUCAAGAAACUGAUCUCCUAUCGCUCAUGCGUUAUUUUGGACACCGCAAGGCUUCCGAUGAUCGAGACAGAGUCUAUGCUCUUCUAGGGCUGUGCAACCAAACAACCGCUAUUCGGCCUAAUUACCGGUUAGAUGUGAAGGAAGUCUUCAUGGCGCCAAUAAUUGAGACAAUAAGAAAUACCAAGUCCCUUUCCGUUCUGUACGGAGAUCAUAGUCGCAAAACGAGACGAGACAUACCAUCUUGGGUCCCAGAUUGGAGCACAGAGCUUGACGAGAACCAACGCCAACGAGCUACUCUUUCUUCUCUUUUCAAUGCCAACGGUCAGAGAAAUCUGCCAAAGUAUGGCCUUAUUCAUCAUUCUGGACAUUCUCUAGCAGUUCACGGCAUCAAGAUUGCAAAAGUGACCAAAAUCGCAGAGCCACUGUAUGCAUCAUCUGAUCGAAAUUCAACAGUCGAGGUACUUAAAAGAUGGCGGGAGAUGGCUAUGACUACGCCAGGAGCAUAUUUUCGUAAAAACUCUGCAAAAGAAAACUUUCUGAAAACCAUAUUGUCCGAUGCCGCAUAUUUUAAAUUUGCAUCGCUGAAACGACUCGACACUAAGAAUACGAAGGCCCUCCUGUGGUGGCUUGACCGAACGAUCUCACCAAAUUCUCGAGAGCAAGAUGAAGAUCGGUACCGGUCACAUAUCAACACUAGAUUUGGGCAUUUCGGUCAUUUUACAGAUAUUAUGAGACUCUCAGCAACCAAUCGAACACUUUUCUCGAAUAAACCGGACCAUACCAAUUGGAAUCUGGCGAAGUUUGAGUCUGUUGGUUUGGGCCCAAUGCUGAUAAAGGAGGGCGAUGAGAUUCAUAUUCUACCAGGCAGCAACUUACCACUUGUUCUACGACCCGUAGACUUCUGCGAUUCUCAUGGCCAUUCUAGACUCGUCCGGAAAUAUCAGCUGGUCGGAGAUUGUUUUCUACAGGGUGUAAUGGAUGGGGAGCUAGGUUCUCCUGGCGGAACUAUCCUGGAUUAUUUGGACUACUUGACUAAACUGUCCUAUGGAUAUUGGAAGGGUUUUGGACACACGCGUUCUAUUCUGGAUCGGCAGUUUUCUAAAUUCAUGUCGUCCUCUGGAUCCGACAUACCCUCUACAGAAUGGAGAUUUUCUGAAAAAGGAAUGUCCUUUGAAGCUGGUCGAUAUUUUGCUUCUCCUGGAGAUUACCACAGCGCUUUAUUUGGUUAUGUUGAAACACAGCCGGGAGACCUAGUUGCUUUAGAAAUAGUAUAA